ACGGUGAAUGUUAAAUUUUUCAAGGCGUAAAUUGUUUGCUUGCUUGAUAGAUAAAUAGAUUUAAAAUGCUAAAACCUAAAGCUUUAACGCAAGUUUUAAGUCAAGCUAAUACUGGUGGCGUAGAGAAUACCCUACUGCUGAGUCAGGAGGGCGCUCUGCUGGCCUACUCGGGCUACGGAGAUAAGGAUGCACGUAUUACUGCAGCCAUUGCGAGCAAUAUUUGGUCUGCCUACGAAAAGCACGGCCGUAAUGCAUUCCGCGAAGAUCGUUUAACCUUUGUACUGCUUGACUGCGAGUGUGGGCAUGUCGCUAUCACACAGGUGGCCAGUGUGCUAUUGUGUCUCUAUGCCAAAGAGCAUGUGGGUCUGGGUAUGCUAAAGCAAAAGACAAUGUCAUUGGCGUCGUAUUUGGAAAGACCACUCAAGCAAAUCUCUGCAUCCUAGUGAACCGUAGAUAUAUGAAUAUAUCCUCGGUUUCGACUAGACCUAAGUGUAUAUCUUGUUUUGUAGCUUAUAAAUAUUAAAACUUUCAGUUUUGGAUCGGAAAUAAAGAAGUCUGGUUUAUUUACGCA